GGAUCUUUGGAAGUUGAGGGCAGAGUUUUCUCGUGUCUCCUCCUCUCUCCUCUCCGGCUGUGACUCUGUCUCCUCCUCCCUGAGGCUCAGAGCUCCUCCCCUUCCUCCUCUUCCUCCCCCUCUCUCCUCCACCCUGCUCCUGCCUCACCCCUCUUCCUCACCCUCUCCUCCUCUCAUCUCCUCCUCCACCCUGGGAAGCUUCUCCUUAGGGGAGCUGGAGGACAGAGAGGAGGUAAAGGAGGAGCAGAGGAGGAGUGAGGAGUUGAAGCUUCUUCACGAGUCAGCGGUUUCUCAGCUGACUCGACGCAUCGCAGAGCUGUCUGUCUGUCUGCAGGCGGAGGAGGCGCAGAGGGAGGAGAGAGAGAAGGAGGUGCAGAGCUUCACUCAGGCUGUGGUCAAACUGUCCAGGGUCCUGAGCAGCAGCAGUGUGUGUGUCUCUACAGACGUGUCCUCGCUGCUGUCCGUCCUCUUGCUCACAGAGAGCGCCAUGCAGAGGACGAACCAGGAACUGCAG